GGGGCUAGCUCGCGGGCGCCGGGCGCCGAGGUCGCGCGAGCCCGUUUCCCCGGCAACGCUGGCCCGCCCUCGGCCGGCUCCCAGGAUGCUGCGCGCCCCGCGGGACCCCGGCGGGCGGAGGGGCCGGCGGGAGUGAACUUCAGCCUUGUGCAGUUUGAGGAGAAUGAUUAUUUUUCUGCACUUCUGGAAAUGUGGCACCCGUUAGUAGCGGUGUUCCUCUGACCAAGCUCCUAUGUCCACAAGUCGUAGGAAAUCAGCAAUAAAAAUGUCAUGGUGACUUAUACAGUGCUCUUGGCCUCUCACAUGCUCCUUGCCCACAUACCAUAAGGUGACUUGAUCUUCUGGGAUAACAGCAGAAAAAGUGGAUGGCAUUGUAGAUUAGUUAUAAGUUAAUUCUGAUUUUGUCCUCUCCAUACUCGUCAGUUCAGUCAAUCAUAAAAUGGAAGCUUUGGGCGGUCUCCUUCCUCCUAUGCCUGGAAGUGGUGAUACAGCUGAUUCACAAACCUUACAAAAACUUCUGAUUGAUGAAAGAAUGCGAUGUGAAUACCAUAAAGUAAAUUAUCAAAAUGUGAAGGCAGAAAAUCUAAGGUUACAGGAGGAAUAUACAAAAUCACAAGAUGAACUGAAGCAAUUGUUAGCUGAAAAGCAGACUGUACGCGAGAAACUUCAGCAGCUUUUUUCUGAAUAUCAAGAGGAGUUGCUGGAUAAAACACAAGAGCUGGAAAACCUGAAAAUGCAGGUGAUAACUCCUCAAAAAUUAGAACUGUUAAAAGCACAAAUACAGCAGGAAUUGGAAUCUCCUAUGACAGAACUUUAUCAGAAGCUAGAAAAUGAAGUGGAAAAAUACAGAACAGAAUACAACAAACUUCGCUAUGAAUAUACUUUUCUGAAAUCAGAAUUUGAACAUCAACAGGAAGAACACUCACGUAUUCUAGAAGAGAAGAAAAUACAAUAUGAGGCUGAGGUGGCAAGGCUGGAUAAAGAGAAAGAAGAACUCCAUAAUCAGCUGCUUAGUGUUGAUCCCACGAGGGACAGUAAACGCGUGGAGGCACUCUCUAGAGAAAAGGCACAACUGAUUCAGAAAAUAAAAGGCUUAGAAGCAGAAGUAGAAGAACUAAGAGCAGAAAGAGACAAUUGCAGUGUGCAAGCAGAAAGUGUUCAAAGAGUACAAGUACGGCAGUUAGCUGAGAUGCAGGCUAUGGCAAGAUCUUUAGAGAGAGAAAAGAAGUCUGCUGAACUACAGAUUGAUCGAAUUGAGAAAGAACUGCAGAUGAGUCAUGAGCAAAACUUUCUCUUAACUACCAAACUUCACAAAUCGGAACGACAAGUCAAUUCUUUAGUUGCCAAAGUAGAAGAACUUAAACAUUCACAUAAGUUGGAGGUAACAAAUGUCAAACUGGAGGCAGCAAGAACAAAGAGUGAAGUAGAAAGAGAGCGAAACAAGAUUCAAAGUGAAAUGGAUGGAUUGCUGUCAGACACGGAAAUUCUUAAGGCAACUGUUGAACAUCAUAAGGAGCUUUUAGUAGAAAAGGAUCGGGAGCUAAUUCGUAAAGUGCAAGCUGCCAAAGAGGAAGUUUCUGGAAAAAUUGCAGUCUUACAGGAUGAAAAGUUAGAACUCGAGAACAAAUUAGCUGAUCUAGAGAAGAUGAAACUGGAACAAGAUACUUUGAGACAAUCUGAAAAGGAUCAGUAUGAAGAAAAACUACAUGUGAUACAGAUGGCAGAAGAAUCUAGCAAAAAGGAACUUCAGUGUUUGCGAUUAAAAAUUCAACAGCAAGCUAUUCAGACAGAGGAGUUGGAAGAAAAGAAACAUGAAAGCGCUGAUCUGAAACAACAAAUUCAUUACAUGCAACUCCAGAUUGCCUCACUUUCUCAAUCAGAAAAGAAUUUGCUUGAGUCUGAUCAGAAGCUGCAGGAAACAAUAGAGAUACUGAAACAAGAAUGUCAACAUGCAAGGACUCAGGCAGAAAAAGCUCAACUGGAAGCAGAGAAGACUUUGGAAUACAAACGAAUGGAAUGGCUGGAGGAGAAGCACCUGCUUACUCAGCUCAUGACAGAGAAAGAAGAGAAAUACAACCAAGUGAAGAACAAGCUAUGUCGAGCUGCUGUUGCUCAGAAAAAGAGAAAGACUCUUAAUGAUAAUAAGCAAAGGAGGAUGAGAGAGAAACUGGAACUUUUGGAAGCCAAGAUAGAAGAACUAGAAAAAGAAAAUCAGGUGCUAAAUAGGCAGAAUUUUUCCUCUGAAGAAUAUGCACGCCUCCAGAAGAGACUAAAGGACUUGCAACGUAGGCACAAUGAAUUCCGGAGUUUAAUUCUGAAUCCUAGCAUACCGCCCCUCAAUCCAGUUGGUACAAUGUUGUCAUCUGCCUUGCUUCCUGGGCCUGAAGUGUCCUUCCUCCUUUUUCAGGGAGGAACAUUUGAUCUUGGAACAGAGGGAGAAACUUUGAGGAACGCUUCUAGUGACUUUCCCUUCCUCGCAGUAGGAGGGAGUUUUGGAAGAUGAACGAUAUGUUACAGAGUGUAACAGAUGGGCAGUUUUAACCUGGUUCUCCGUAUUUGGUUCUGCUUCUGAGAGGCUUCAAAUGGAUCCUUCUCAGCAAGAAAUACCACAGUGGUGUUCUCACACCACGGUUUCAUCCUUAAAAAGCAGCAACAACCACGUGUUGUGUGGUUAAAGAAGUUUUACUUAAGAUCUUCUGAGGGUGCAGACUCUCUGGCUGAGGCUGACCAGGCUGAUUGUACAGACUUCUGGUAACUGAGACCUCAGGUCUGUGUCCUCUUCCUCUGAGAGAAGGAAGGCCUGCAUGCACAUUUCUUGCUGAUGCUGUUCAUCAUGAAUGUCAAAAAGAUGCCCACAAAACAUUGAAGAGUAAAAUUUGACAAGGAUAUUUUGGACUUCACAAUUUUUACUUCAAAAUCAUGAAUGAAGGAAAAUUAAAUGAUUGCUCAUUUUGGUCCCUUGUAAGUAUGCAAAAUGUAAUAGAGCCACUUUGUUGUUGUUGUUAAUUUCAAGGAGGAGCAGCAUCAAAGAGAGCUCUCCCUACUCCGCAAGCGGUUGGAGGAACUAGAAACCACACAGAGAAAACAGCUGCAAGAUCUUGGACCAUCCAGUGAGCGAGCACUGGUGGGCGCACACGAGAACUUGGCUACGAAUAAGGUCACUGGAGAAAGUGAUGCCCAAAGUGAGGACUACAAAUAAAAACAGUGAACUCUCUGUGCUGUUAGUGGUCAGUAGCUUAUCCUUUGUGUGCGCUUUUCUUACUCUGCCAAAACUGUGCUCGUAUGUGCAUGAAUAGCCAAAAAUACAGUCCGUGUCGUUUUGUACUUAUUUUUGAUAGACUGUCAUAAAUUAUCAAAUGGUUCAAAAGAAAAGCCUUGAAAGAUCAACUGCAUUUUGAAAUGGUUUUCUAGAAAUUAUGUUAAAUUAUUUGGAAGUCAAAACACAUGAAAUAAUCUCAUCACAGGAAACUUUUAAAAACACUUAUCAGGGAUGAGAUUCUGCUGAUAUUGAAAAUAAAAACUAUUUUUUUUUCUGUUUUAUAAAUCCUUUAAAACCCAUUCGAUAAUAUCCUUGCUCCUCCAGUGUACAAGCUAGUGUAUGGGUGGCUUUUUGCUGGGUUGCUGUUCUGCUUGUCAAUGUUAACAGUGCUGUAAUCCACAUUUGGGGUGUUAUUUUGAAGCUCCCAUGCAGAGAGAGGAGGAAGUGAAAUGGAACGAGUGCUGAAAAUGUUUAUUUGCUGCCCCUGA